GCGAGGAGGGAAAGCAGUCAAUUCACGCUCAGCAUCGCUUCACAUAUCUCUUACAAGUGAUGCCUCUGCUGUCAGAUUAGUGGGAACUCAGCUGGUGCUUGGAAUUGCAAAGCUUGCUAUUAGUGAAGACAGCUUUCGUGUUGCCAGAGUGUUUGGGAGAGCUUUUGCUUUCGAGUCCGGCCUGCUCGUCCUGCGCUGACAAUGGUGUCUCGGGGUCCUUUCUAUCAGCGCCCGGUGCCCGCAAUCCUUCUGAGAUUUCUCUGCCUUCUUCCAACAGGACUGCCGGUUAGAAGCGUGGACUUUGCCAGGGGGACGGACAACAUCACUAUCAGGCAGGGAAACACAGCAAUCCUCAGGUGCUAUGUUGACGAUAGGAUCUCAAAGGUUGCUUGGCUGAACCGAUCUAAUAUUAUUUUUGCUGGAAAUGACAAAUGGUCCUUGGACCCACGAGUUACUCUAUUGACCAGCGCUCACUUAGAGUAUAGCCUUCAGAUUCAGCAAGUGGAUGUAUCCGAUGAAGGUCCUUACACCUGCUCAGUGCAGACCCAGCACCAUCCUAAGACCUAUCAAGUGCAUCUGAUAGUGCAAGUUCCACCAAAGAUCUACAACAUCUCUUCUAACAUCACCGUCAAUGAAGGCAGCAAUGUUACUCUGGUGUGCUUAGCUAAUGGAAGACCAGAACCUGUCAUUAAUUGGAGACAUAUCUCCCCUUCAGCCAAGGAAAUUGAAGAGGAGGAGGAAUAUCUGGAAAUCUUCAUGAUCAGCAGAUACCAAGCAGGUGCUUACCAAUGCAAAGCUGCCAAUGAAGUUGCCUCUGCCGAUGAGAAAAGAGUCCACAUCACUGUCAAUUAUGCUCCUGCUAUUAAGUAUGCCCAGAGUGCUGAUGUUGCAGUGGGGCGGACUGGGAUGCUUCACUGCGAGGUGUCUGCUGUGCCACCUGCGGAUUUUGAGUGGUACAAGGAAGACAAGCGGAUAUAUAACAGCUCGCAAGGAAUCCAGAUCCAGACCAUAGACAGCCGGUCCAGUCUGAUUGUCACCAAUGCCACGGAGGAUCACUAUGGCAACUACACAUGCGUGGCAGGCAACAAACUUGGCGUUACCAACGCAAGCAUAUUUCUAUACAAAAAUAUCCUGCCAACUAUUCCAAACCCUGUUCAAGAAAAAAUUGAAACCACUGUGCACUCAAAACAAAAAGGACCUGGUUCCAUGCGAGAUUCAGGCACUGGAUUAGCAGGUGUCACCAUAUCACUGUGGUUGCUAGUCGCAACUCUAGUUUGUCUAAUUUACAAAUGUUAAUAAUAUGAAAACUGACCACAAGGAAAGAGGAGAUUAUUUGUAUUUCAACUUGGUGCAUGACACCGCACAACAGCAUUGCUAGAAAAGCUUUUAGAAUAGAAAAAAAGGUCAAGGGUGUAUUAGGUACAAAAUGAUCAACAUUUGCUCAUGAGUUUCAAAUAUUGUGUAAAAAAAGUUUUUUCUCCUCUGCCAUUUUUGCUAAUGUUUACAUUCACACAGAUCUAACCCUUUGUUUUGGGUCUGAAUUAUAACAUAUAAUUAGUGCAAAACACAGCCCUGUAUUUGUUGGUGCCAAGUGACCCAUUCACUAUAUUAAGAUUAUAUAUUACUGGAAUAAUAUUGGGGGUGAUGUAUGAAGAAGCUUAUCAUUAAAUGUACUGAUUAUAUAUUAAUGACUCAUCCACAACAUUUAGGCACAGACACGGAUGUGCAGCAGACUGGUUCAAAGGGUAAAUAUGCGAUGAAGUUAAUCUACUUGAUCAAUAAGGAAAGAACGUCAUUUAGAUGCCCCUCCUCACACUUCAAUAAUGUGCUAAACCUAGUUUUUUAUAAAAAGCUAAUGGAACACUUUCUUUCAAACUAUUGGUAGUAGUAAUAAAUAACAGUCUGCAGCAUCUAACUUUUGUUUUUAAAAAAACAGACAUCUACCUACCAUUUUAGAGAAAUCUGUCACCAAUUAGAGAAUAAAUUGCUGUAAAAAUAUAUUUUUUAGUUCUCUUGAUUUCUUUUGGGGAAAUAUCCAUUUGGUCAUGGAUUUUCAACUAGAGAUCUCAACCAAGAUGAUAAUAAAGGGUGUAGUUUUAGUUUAUUGCGACACUGACUGACUUACCCCAUCACACAGUUAUAACGAAGAUAAAAGGAUUUGCAAAGUACAAGUUAUGUAUUACAACUUGCAGUGGUUUAGGAAUUGAUCUGUCUGAUUAACACAUCAUGAUGCCUCUGACACCAAUUUGGGUGUUUUUUUUCUUUUGAUCCACAGUGCUAAAUGGGUUACAAGUUCAAUUUAUUUAUUUAAAAUAUUUAAAUAAUAGCAUAUAAAACUUGCCCUUAUAAAAAAAACUUGGACUAUUUUUAAAAUAGGUUGUCUGUGUUUUUAUUUAAAUACCCGAAUACGACUAAAAGAAAAUUAUAGUGGCCAUUUCUUUCGAAAGGGUCCUAUCAGAAGACAAUGGAAGGCUUUGAAGUGAAAAUGUAGAGAGACUAAAUCAAAUCUGAAAGAGUGUUUUGUGGGCAUUGGUCUGAACUUUGCGGACAGAGGAGGUGAAACAUCACUGGUCAUGCACCCUCUGCUUGUUAAGCUUUAGGUGUAACAUACUAAUUUUGAAUGUCAUACACACGAGUCAAUAACUCGCAUCUAACAAACAAGAGUCUCUAGUACUCACUGCAGCCCAGAGCAUGCAUGUCAGUCCAAAUUCAUAGACAGGUGAUGUGUACCUGGAACAAGUCCACAGGGCAUCAGUUCAGUAGGUCAGAAUAGUUGCUUAUCUUUAUAGAGAUAUAAAGCAAGGAUGCAUUUCUGAUGCUAAAAAUGUGUUUUUUUUAAUUUAUGUCAGUGUAUAUAUGAGGUGGUGCCCAUGUGGGGAUAUGCCUAUGUUGCUAGCUUACAACCAACCAUACUUGGUUUUUCUUGUGACAGCUAUUUGCUCUGCACAUAAGAGAUGGUUUGGGAGCAGUAACAGCAUUUUGUCCCAUUUUAAUAACUAAUACACUUUUCAGUCCAUAACAUGCUGUGGUGCACUGUAACUUUUUUGAAUUUCUCUGUAUAAUCAAUAUUUAGCAUUGCAGUUCUAGAGAUGGAUGUUUUUAAGAUUAAAAAAGGUGAAAGAAAUAGACAUUUCAUUCCUAGUGCAAAAGUAAUUCUUUGCUGUGUUCAACAAUAGAUUUUACUGGAAUAUCACGAGAGUUUGGAAGAGACGCGUUUGAAAUAAGAUCAAUAUCAUAUACAAAUGGUGAUCACAAAAAUUCUGUAUUAAAAGUUUGGCAUUACAGCCAUGGUUUAUUGAUCUAAUGUAAAUCUAUGGAUGAAGGAGCAAUCCAAACAGAAGUUACAAUAUCCAACAUUCACGAAUGAGUAUAUUCCUCAAACAGUUAAAUUUGUGAUCAUGAUUCAUAGUCACAACAAAAUUGUGCAAAAGCAUCUUAAAACAUUUUUUCCUGUAAAGAUUACCCAAAACUGGAUGCAAAUAACUUACAACAUAACUGUAAAAAAAUAGCAAAAAAAUUAAAAAUCGUGUGUAGCUCUAAUUUGAAUUCAUGUUUUUAAUGCUGUGAUACGUUAAGUCUAAUAUUUUGCAAGUUUCUUGCUUUAACGGUUGGUACAGGAUAUGAUUUUUGUAUAGCUUUCAUUAAAGAUGGGAUUAGCAUAGAUACUCCACAGAAGCAACUUUACCACGGCUUUUUGCUUUAAAAAACUUUUUUUCUGUCUUCUUCAUUGUCCCUGAGGAAGCCGGCUGAAGCAGACAUCCUCUCCCCAAUGGGAGGACUCGACCAUCAAACCUGUUUUUAAACCCCCCCCCCCCCCCCCCCCCCACACUACCCCACCCAUGCGUAUUGGCGUGCUUCAGAAACUUCCCAAUCCUUCCAUCAUCCCUCACAAAGUGAAAUAUCUUAUUCCCAUCUGUUGGAUGCUGUUCCAAGAAAAGCAACCAGAAGGAAUGGAAUCCCUUGGAUAUGUACUUGUAACGACUAUAUUGUGACUCAGUGGCACAACUGCUUGGAGCUACCACAUAUAUUCCGACAUUACCACAACUUUACAUGUAGGAUCUCCAUUGUGCACAUGCUGUUGCAGUACACCACUGUGAUGCCAACUAGACUUUUUUUUUAAAGCUAUCUAUUGCUGAAGAAAAGAGUAGUGAAAUUGAAAUAGGCUGCGAGUUCCAAAGAUGUUCAUUACAUAUUUCAUGGCAAGACUACAUUUCUGUUGGGUGUGGUUUAGAAUGGUUGCCAAUACACAACUCUCUUUAUUCUCUGUAAUAAUGUCUGAGAGGAUAGUAUAUUUAAUGGCUGUCUUUUAUUUAUUGUUUAACUAUUCUAAGUUAAACAAUAACUUUGCUAUUCUAAGGCAGCAAUGUCUUUUUGGCAUCUAUGAAACAGGUCAAUGUCU